AUGAAAGAAAUAAUCCAACGAAAAGAAAGACCAGAAAUCACUACAAAUUCAUUGUUAGAAAAGUCAGAUAAUUCGCAAUCAAAUAGUAUUAGUAAUAGUAUUACGAGUAGUAGUGGUUUGACAUCACUUUCAGAUGAAAGUCAAGACGAUAUUUGGGAACUGAUUGAUGGUAUCAUUGAUAGUGAUUGCAAUACCGAUAGCAGUGAUGAUGUCUUCUCACAUGAAUUGAUAGAAAUAAACAAAACAGACACAGCAUUAGUCCCAAUACUCAAACCGCUCACCGAUUAUAACGGCUUAAAACAACUGGAGUUUUGCCGGAUAUCAGAAUUAUCAGCGAUAGUCUUAUUCAACCCCAAUCGACCAAACCUUAUCCAUAGGGAUAUAAUUAGACUCGAACAGCAACUGUAUAUAUAUUUACUGCAAAGAUAUCUACUAUUGAAAUACGGGUCCGAAUGGGAAUCACAACCAAAAGUGCAAAAACUAAUGAAUUCAAUGAAAGACUUGGAAAUAAUGACUGAAAUUCAGAGAACACCUGAAGCUAUAGACCCCAUGAAAAAAGCGGUUGAUUUAUACGGACCUCUUUGUAUCGAUUUAUAUGAUUUGAAACUCUAGUAAACUA